UUAAGAGUGCUGGAGAACGCGUGCGUGAAAAUAUUGUAACGGUCAAAACGAAGUAAAAAUAAAUAAAACGGAAAUUAAAAUAAAAACAAAGCAACGAAAUUUGAAAACGAAAUAUUUUAUUAAAAAGAAAAAUAACAGGCCAACUAGAGCCACUUUCAACGCAUGAUUGCACAAGUUUCAUUGUUGUACAAAUAUAUUUUUUUUACGUAAUUUAUGAACAUUUCUCAAUAAAGUACUUUGUGAUGAAAAUAAUUUAAUGAAAAAUUAAUGAUCUUUCAAAACGAUUUUUUGGGGAAACAGCAUGAGUUUUUUAAGUUCUAUAGAAAUAUCACGUGUUGAAAUGUCACCGGCCGAAGAAAAUUCCUAUACAACGGGUCCCAGUAAAACGGCCACUUAUACAUUGGUGGCCUUAAAACUGUUAGAAUUGUGUCUCAUCAUUUGCUGUAUUGGACUGAUCGAUGAACCAGCUACACAUUCCUCCAUACGCACAUUUAUAACGCCACGCGUGGUGGCCUUAUGUUAUGUGACCUUUGGCUCUUUGUUAAUUUAUACCACCAUUUAUUUAAUUAUGGCUUUAUUUAGUGAUUUAGCGCCUUGGCGUACUUCAGCUUUGUGGUCAAUUGUGGCUUUCAUAUUAUUUGUGGCCGCCACUGCCUGUUUGUUCCGCGAUUGGUCUUCUACCAAGGAUUUAAAUUACUGGCAUCCUAAUAUGCAGCGUUUGGAUUUGGUAUUGGGUGCUGCCUCCGUGUCUUUAGUUACAGCUCUCAUUUAUAUUUUGGAUAUUUUAGCCACUUUACGUUUUGGUUUAAAUGGUUCUUUAGAAUAGUUUAAAAUUUAACAGUUUUUUAUAAUUAAAAUACUGUGGCAACUCCAUUUACAACAAAAACAACAAAUUCGUAUACACCGUUCAUUCCAUGCCGUCCAUGUUUAUUUUUAAUUUAUUAACUAAACAACCCUGUUAAAGUGGUUGUGUGCCUUAGCUAGCUGUUUAGUCAACCGGUUGCUGUCUUUGCUAAAUUGUCAAACUUCGAGUAGAAAUAAAAACCUGCGCAAGCGUUUUCCAAAAAAAACUGCGGUAAAAAAAUAACCGUCUCCGCAGCCGCAAGAUUGUAUUUCUACUCUUAACUUCGUUUUGAACUUAACAUUUUGCUGUAAUAUUUACAGUGUACAGAAAAGUAACAACAAUUAGCAUGUUGCAUACAUUUUUUAUUUUAACAUACACUUUUAUUAAUCUACAUUAGCUGUGUUCCCGUACUUAACAGUUUAAAUGUUUUCAAUUAAAAUUAGUCAAAGAAAUUUUUAUAUAAAAAAAGUAAAUUUGAAAUGUUUAGAACGUGUGCACAGCUUUUAGUUUAGUUUUCGAUUUUUUAUUUAAAAGUUAAACAAAUAUUUUUACUAACACUAUCCUUUUUAUUUUUAUUGAUGUUAAAUUGAAAAAAUUAUGAAAAAAUGUACAAAAAAUUAUUUUAUUUAAUUUUAUACAAAAUACACUUUAAAACGUAACUAAUAUUUAAGAACCAAAAUAAUUUUUUUUAAUAAUUUUUAAAUAUUUUAAUAAAAUAUAUUCGUAAAUGUUUGCAAUUUUUAUACCCUGCAAAAAAUAAAAUAUUUU